GUCGACUCCAACCGGAAUGAGGAAGUGAUUCACUAAUAACCUUAUUUUUGGCAAAAUUGUACACACUCAAAGUCGUUGUGAAUUGCAGAAGUAAACUUGCGUGUUUUUUAAAAAGCAUAAUUUUCACGAAAAAUGGCACGCAUAUGGUUCAUGGUGUUGAAUCUUUUUGUAUUUGUGGCUGUAGUGUUCUGUCUAACAGGUAAUGGAACAACAAAUUUAACAUCAAGUUCUUCAACUCCCUUCCUCAUUACCUCAACGUCCUUUGUCAGCCCAUCUCCAAGUACUGGGUCCACUACACAUUCCAUGUCAUUGCGAACUUCUCAAAGUCAGACUACUACCCUUUCAAGCACAAUCUCUACUUUAAAUGUCACCAGUUCUCCAUCGAGCAUGACCUCUACUUCCAAUUUUACCGCAAGUUCGAAUGUCUCGUUCAUAUCAUCUAUAAUCCGUACCACCAUGACUUCUCCAAUGCCAACACAAAAGACGCCAACAGUAUCCCCUUCCCCAUCAAAGCCAGCAGGUAAUGGAACAGCAAAUUCAUCGUCAAGUUCUUCAAUCCCCAUCCUCCAAACCUCAACGUCCUUUGUCAGCCCAUCUCCAAGUACUGGGUCCACUACACAUUCCAUGUCAUUGCAAACUUCUCAAAGUCAGACUACAACCCUUUCAAGCACAAUCUCUUCUUCAAAUGUCACCAGUUCUCCAUCGAGCAUGACCUCUACUUCCAAUUUUACUGCAAGUUCGAAUGUCUCGUUCAUAUCAUCUAUAAUCCGUACCACCAUGACUGCUCCAAUGCCAACACAAAAGACGUCAACAGUAUCCCCUUCCCCAUCAAAGCCAGCAGGCAGCGGUAAUAAUGAUGAUUAUGACAACAUGAAGAAGCGCAUGUGGAUUGCCGCCACCUUUGCGAUAAUUUUUGCCUUAACAACAGUGAUAUUGGCCUACAUGGUGUAUCGUCAGCGUAAAGUCAACCGUGAGCUUACUGAUCCUGCUGCAUCUCGUCUCCUUUAGACCACAACUUAACAUUUUUGAUCGAACAGGUCAGACCAUCCUUUUUUUUUUAAUUGGCUUUACCAAGACAACCGAAAAACUCUACAAGGAAAGUUAUAAUGUUUUUUAUAGAAAGUGAUUAGUCAUAAGAUCUUACUCUAUAAGUCUCGUUUUUGCAAUUAAGCUACGUUUCGAAGAACAUUAUUAAAUUAUGGAGGUUAUUAGAGUUGAAA